CUCAAACCGUUAGAAGUAUGGAGAUGGCACCUGCGUCGAUUUGUUUGUGUUGAAUAUUUGACGAUAUCAAUUAAAUUGACCGAAAACAUAAUAAACAUAUUGUUACAAAUACUCUCAGCAUGGGAGUACCAGCAUUCUUCCGUUGGCUAAGCCGCAAAUAUCCAAGUGUUAUUGUCGAAUCUAUUGAACAGAGGCCAACCGACGUAGAUGGACAGCUCGUACACGCAGACUCGUCAUUACCAAAUCCUAAUGGGGUCGAAUUUGACAAUCUGUAUUUGGACAUGAAUGGAAUUAUCCAUCCUUGUACGCAUCCUGAAGACAAGCCGCCUCCAAAGGAUGAAGAUGAGAUGAUGGUGGCUAUCUUCGAAUGUAUUGACAGACUGUUCCGCAUCGUGCGACCCAGGAAAUUGUUGUACAUGGCCAUCGACGGAGUUGCACCCAGAGCUAAGAUGAAUCAACAAAGGUCCCGUCGAUUCAGAGCCUCAAAGGAAACUCAAGAGAAGAUUGAGGAGGUAGCUCGCAUCAGGUCUGAACUUCAAGUAAAGGGAGCAUAUUUACCCCCAGAGAGACCCAAGGAGGCACACUUUGACUCUAACUGUAUCACUCCUGGUACCCCAUUCAUGGAUCGACUAAGCAAAUGCUUGCACUAUUAUAUACAUGACAGGUUAAACAAUGAUCCGGGAUGGAAGGGAGUUAAGGUGAUAUUAUCUGACGCUAAUGUUCCCGGGGAAGGGGAACAUAAGAUUAUGGACUACAUUAGAAGACAAAGAGCUCAACCAGACCAUGACCCAAAUACGCAGCAUGUAUUGUGCGGUGCGGAUGCUGAUCUUAUCAUGCUGGGUCUAGCAACACAUGAGCCUAACUUCACCAUCAUAAGGGAGGAAUUCAAACCGAAUAAACCUAGACCUUGCGACGUUUGUGGCCAGCUAGGGCAUGAGAUGAAGGAAUGCACAGGGACUACCCCGGAUGCAUCUCUAGUUCGUUCAGAUCCAGCCUUUGGUAACCAGGACAGCUUCAUUUUCGUGCGAUUGAGCGUGUUACGAGAAUAUCUUGAAAAAGAGUUGCAGAUGCCGAACCUCCCCUUCGCGUACGACUUCGAGCGCGCCCUGGACGACUGGGUGUUCAUGUGCUUCUUCGUGGGAAACGAUUUCUUGCCGCACUUGCCCAGUCUCGAGAUCAGGGAGGGAGCCGUGGAUCGACUCGUCAACCUCUACAAGAAGUGCGUUUACAAAACCAGGGGUUGGAUCACGGAUUCGGGCGAUGUAAACCUAGACCGCGUUCAAGUUAUAAUGGACGAGUUGGGUCGCGUCGAGGACGAGAUCUUCCGCCGGAGACAUCAGAAUGAAGUGAGCUUCAAGGCGCGCGAGAAGGCAAAGAAGCAACAGAAGGUCAACUUUAGUUUACUGGAAAAUACGCAGUUCGCACCAGCGCCGCUGGGAAGCGCUUCGAAAACUGUGGAGAACGCUCGCCAAGAAGCCGCUAAUAUCAGACGUGCCGGCAUGGAAGCCGUCGCCCAGGAGGGCGGGCAGCGCGGCCGCAAGCGCUCGGCGGCGGAGGCGGGGCUGGGCGGCGCCGACGACGCCGACGACGCCGCGCACGACGAGGUGCGCCUGUGGGAGGAGGGCUUCAAGGAGCGCUACUACGAGAGCAAGUUCGAGGUGGCGCGCGACAACCUCGAGUUCCGAUACCGCGUGGCGCUGCAGUACGUGCGCGGCCUGUGCUGGGUGCUCCGGUACUACUACCAGGGCUGCGCCAGCUGGAAGUGGUACUUCCCCUACCACUACGCGCCCUUCGCCUCGGACUUCGUCAACAUACAGGGCCUUUCCACGAAGUUCGAGAAGGGCACGCAACCCUUCCGCCCCCUGGAGCAGCUGAUGGGGGUGUUCCCGGCCGCCAGCGCGCAGCACGUGCCGCAGCCCUGGGCCACGCUCAUGAGCGACCCCUUUUCUCCGAUUAUCGACUUUUAUCCAACGGACUUUAAGAUCGAUUUGAAUGGCAAGAAGUUCGCGUGGCAAGGAGUCGCCCUGCUGCCGUUCGUCGAUGAGACGAGACUGUUCAAAGCUCUGGAACCGUAUUACAAGGAACUGACGCAAGCGGAAAAACAACGUAACACCAAAGGCCACGACCGCCUGUACGUGUCUCCCGCCAACAAGUGCUACGACUUCCUGCUGGCGCUGUACACGGAGGCCGGUGACGACCUGCGGAGACUCAUCGAGGCCGACCAGCGAUACCCCUUCCGGUGCGAGGGGGUAAGGGGGGACGUCAUGCUCAGUGCCGACAACGUUCGCACGGGCGGGCAGCUGUCGUCGCCGGUGAUCGGGCUGAGUCCGGUGCUGGACAACCGCGUGGUGUGCGCGCGGUAUCAGGACCCGCAGUUUCCGGACGAGUUCGUGUUCCCGGCGAGACGCCUGCGCGGGGCCGUGGAGCCGGUGCGGGUGCUCAAGCCGGGCAACCUGUCCCACGAGCAGAACAGGAACUGGAGGCCGCAGAUCGGCAUGGUGCGCUCCAGCAGCCAGGCGUCGCUGGAGGCGGCCGGCCACCGCAUGCUGGGGCACUCGCUGCCGCGCGCCGCCUACGCCUCCGUGCCGCCGCCGCACAAUCGUUCACAAUCGUUUGGUCCUCACCGAGGCGGAUACGUGCCGCAUCAAGCGUCCCACAACAAUCAAGGUUACAGCCGAUCCGGCUACCAGCCCAGUCAAGACAGAUACGGUUCAAAUCAAGACAGAUACGGUUCAAAUCGGGACAGAUAUGGCUCAAACCAAGAUAGGUACAGCUCGAACCAAGGUUACGGACAGAACCAAGGUUCGCACGGCAGAUCGUAUUCCCAUAAUCAGGGUCACGGGUAUUCUUCAACACAAAACAAAUACAGCGGCCACCAGGGACAUCAUCAAAGACAGGGAAGUGACCAGCACGGGCCGUCUGGCCACGGGCAGGGGAGCGGAUACAACAGUCAAAGACCAAACUCUGGUUCAAAUAGAUACCAGGGUAACUCGACGUGGCGCUGAAUGACUGGAGUACUUAUUUAAAAAAAGAGUUAAUAUUAAUUAAAUUUAGAAUUUUCUAGAAGACGAAAUUUUGACAGACAAACAUGGUAAAGUAAAUUGAUCGUAAAUGAAGGAAAAGCUUGUAAUAUAAGUCACGUACUGUACUGUUCAUAUCUCAGUGCAUUGGAGGCAAUGUUGCCACUAUGACUUUUUCGUGUUGCCAAUAUUGCAUAAAAUCAAUGUCUUAUCCCUUAUAAUUACGGAAAAAAAUAACUUCUAUGGAAGAUAAGUUUUCCUGUAGAAACAAAUAAUGUGACUCAGUGCGGUACACACAGAGUACUGCUGCGCUAAACUGUGAGAACUCACUUCGUAAAUCGAUCGUGUAAUAUUGAGAAACGAC